AUGAACAUCAUCAGCACGGGUAUAGCCUCUAAAAAGAGGGUUCUCCUAUCCAGACAACACUGUGAUGUUAAGAAAGGCGACCUAGAGACGGGGCUCUCCAAUUUCAACCGGCUCUUGGAAAAGCAGAAGGGAGAUCACACCUUUGUUGAAACGGAGAAGUGCCGUUUCGUGUACCAGCCGGUGGACGAGUACUACGUCUUCGUCAUGACCUCUCUCGACUCCAACAUAGUGAGGGACAUCGGAGUCGUCAAGACGCUAGCUGAGAUUCUACAGGUCGUCGUGCAACCGAAGAUCAAUGAGGAGGCCAUACAAGAAAACUUGUUCGAGCUCAUCUUCUACAUGGAUGAACUCAUCUCCAACAAUAAACCGGAGGAUUUGACCUUGGACCAAAUCAAGGAAUACAUCCUCAUGGACUCACAGGAGGAGAAAAAACACAACAUGAUCCAAACUACGAAGGAAAAGGAAGAAAAGGAACGCCGGAAGCAAAUCGCCGCAAAAUUGGAGAAACGCAAGCAGCUUGACCACAACUUCAUGGACAGCAUCACGGAAAUGCCCGCAUUCACAGCACAACCUGUAGACGAAUAUAAAUCAGCAGCGCCCAUGAGCGAAACGGUGACAACUCCGUCAGGCAUGAGGCUAUCGAUACAGAGACCUACUACCGGAAUGUCUCCACUGGGCCUGAAUGCCAUGAGGCAUUCUCCCGCGCCCAGGUCCGCACGAGAUGAGGAGAGCAUCAACAUCCUGGACGCGGAAGCCCCCGCCGUUAUACAGAUUAUCGAGUCUUGCAGUGGCAACAUCCACUUGGAAGGAGAUAUUGACGUUUUAAACAUCCAAGGCGAACUGGUGAUGACCGCUUUCGAGGACAGCGCGCGCUCAGCUGCACUGGAAGUUUCGGGGAAUUCGGAAAUCAAAAUGCGAUACCAUCCAAGCUUGGACAAGCAGAUGGCGUCGAAGAACAUCAUCGAGCAGCAAAGUGCGCAGCAAACGUACAACAUUGGCCAUUCCACUGCGUUAGUUAAGUGGCGCCACAAGACGUCCGAAGAGCAAUACUUCCCUAUAUCUUUGAGCUGUUGGCCUAACACUAAUGCGGGAGAAACUACGGUCACUGUGGAGAUGCAAAACAACUCAGGCAGUGUAUUGGAGGCGCUUAACUUCGAGAUAAUGGACUCCAGGUACAAUCAGAUCGUGGUGCAUACGAACGAACUGGGCGGUGUCGAACGCAAACCGGACGCCGUAACAUGGGUAGGGAAGCUCGAGUUUACCACCAAAGGUGAUCUGAACUCAAUCCUUCCUUUCACGCUCGUCGCCAAGGCAUCUACCUCUAUUACCCACUUCAAGCGAUGUCGGACACGUGGUGAAGACACAGACUUCGUUCUCGGUUACAAUUGGGAACGAGGCCACUUAAUGACCUGUUUUUCAAUUUUGAUCGUAUUUAUUUCCGUAAUUCCGUACUGCACGGGGCUUAGGCUCAGAAAGUGCUACAUUGAACGCCCGCAUCUGCCGGGGCGGAAUGUGGAGAUAAGAUGGAAAGACAGACAAGGCACCAACAAACCACACAAGGAGUACUACUAUGUGUGUCAGGAUGGUGAGGUCAGGAUUCCACAAGUUGCGCGGAAGAGGGCGUUUACCUGUAACCUCCUCAAGGCGGCUACAGCGAAGGCCGGUUACGCAGAUCCAGCAGACAUUCUAAAUCGCUUGGAAGCUAUCGCUGAACAUCAAGACUUCGAAACAGUAAAAUCGCUUUUUCUGGACAUAUUCAGGUGGUUUGCCUUCAAGAAAAUUGAGUUUAUUAACCACCCGCAUUUCACCAGUAUACGAAAGCGAUUCUUGGAAACGCAUUUCUUUUUUGGUCGAGUCUAUUCGAGGGUUCUUAAGAGUCAUUUUAAGUUUUCCAGGUGCUACCCGGACCUGAGUCAUCUGUCGCUUGCAAACCGUUACGUGAGGUGGAUGAACGGAGGUAUUCCUCUGGAGGAGCAAUGUAUUACAUUUUUGAUAAAUAAAAGCUGCGUAAGGGCGCACCCUCUACUGAUAGACCGGAUUGCGGCCUUGGUGAAUCUGCAUGAUAGCGUGGAUGCACUGAACGCAAUAUUCACAGAUGUUAGAGGUAAUAGCAACGACCUAAUCUUGAGUACUAGGAUCGCUAAUCGUCAUCCCGUGAACUCGGAGGCCGCACUCUGGCUCCACCGAUGGUUGGAUGCCGCCCAAGAUGCGCGCACGACGAGGCAACUCCAAACCAUCACCAAACUCCAAAUUUACGAUAGUGACGAUUUGGAAGGCGACUACGUCCAGUCAGGUGAUAGAACAGGUCAUGCACCCGAUGCGCCUGUAAGCUGCGUGCCCGCAGCCUUCGAGCAAAUUUAUAAACUGUUUCAGCGAUUAGACUGCCUACAGGGGAACAAAAAGGAUGAGCACAAAACACCAAUGCUCAAUGGUAAUGCUACGCUAUCACGAGAUGAGCUAUUCUCUAUCAAUAUGCUAUGUAAGCUCAAGCAAUUCGAAGCGCAACGGGACGUUGGGGAUCUGCUACAUGGGCUUUUUUCUAUGAUCAGGUAUCUCAAUACGAAGGUGAAUGAAGGUCCAUCAAUGCACGAGAGGUCGGAUUUUAUUCUUGCAUUCAAGCACCAUGUUUGCGUUCCCUACCUUCGUUGUGUUAUGAGGGCUUCAACGUAUGCACUGUCCUCUCUGCUGCGUAUGAAAGGCGUACUCGAUCUUCUAGAAUCGGGGAAAAAGCGGCACAGAUAUGCACCGUAUUGUUCGGAAUCCACGUUGAGGAGUUUUAUGUAUUAUGGCAUGAACAGAUUCUGCUCAAUGUUCAACUACACCGGAACUCCACGAAACAAGGCAAACGAUAUCUUCGGAAUUCUUACAAAGGACAGCUAUUACUACCUAUACAGAGAUAGCGAUGAUAAAAUUGUGGCAUCCAACAAUGCUCCCGCAAUGGAUUUGUGGAAUAUCGGCAAGCGCUCCCAUUUGAGCGGCCCCCUGCAAUGCCAGCUGGUGAUACGAUCCUACAAGGUCUGCAUUGAGGAUGAUAUCCAGCAAAUGAUAGAGAAAGCAAAGGCUAAUCUGUCGGCCAAAAUCGGUGUAGAAUUGGAAUUUGACAAUAUCGUAAACCUUCAUUUCCCAAGAUAUGUGAACGUCACGCCAAUGCGCGCAUUCGACCCAACCCUCUUGCAGGAACGCAAUUCGGGACUCAUUGAACACCCUAUUCACAGGUUCAUCUCCAUUCUGAAUUCUUAA